AUGAUUAGACGAGGUAUGGAACCUGGUGGACUGUCAAAGAUAAGACGAUGUAUGGAAUCUGGUGGACUGUCAAAGAUGAUUAGACGAGGUAUGGAAUCUGGUGGACUGUCAAAGAUAAUUAGACGAUGUAUGGAAUCUGGUGGACUGUCAAAGAUGAUUAGACGAUGUAUGGAAUCUGGUGGACUGUCAAAGAUGAUUAGACGAUGUAUGGAAUCUGGUAGACUGUCAAAGAUGAUUAGACGAGGUAUGGAAUCUGGUAGACUGUCAAAGAUGAUUAGACGAGGUAUGGAAUCUGGUAGACUGUCAAUGAUGAUUAGACGAUGUAUGGAAUCUGGUGGACUGUCAAUGAUGAUUAGACGAGGUAUGGAAUCUGGUAGACUGUCAAAGAUGAUUAGACGAGGUAUGGAAUCUGGUGGACUGUCAAAGAUGAUUAGACGAGGUAUGGAAUCUGGUGGACUGUCAAAGAUAAUUAGACGAGGUAUGGAAUCUGGUGGACUGUCAAAGAUAUUUAGACGAUGUAUGGAAUCUGGUAGACUGUCAAAGAUGAUUAGACGAGGUAUGGAAUCUGGUGGACUGUCAAAGAUGAUUAGACGAGGUAUGGAAUCUGGUGGACUGUCAAAGAUGAUUAGACGAGGUAUGGAAUCUGGUGGACUGUCAAAGAUAUUUAGACGAGGUAUGGAAUCUGGUGGACUGUCAAAGAUGAUUAGACGAGGUAUGGAAUCUGGUGGACUGUCAAAGACGAAUAGACGAGGUAUGGAAUCUGGUGGACUAUCAAAAAUGAUUAGACGAUGUAUGGAAUCUGGUGGACUGUCAAAGAUGAUUAGACGAUGUAUGGAAUCUGGUGGACUGUCAAUCAGGAUUAGACGAGGUAUGGAAUCUGGUGGACUGUCAAAGAUAAUUAGACGAGGUAUGGAAUCUGGUGGACUGUCAAAGAUGAUCAGACGAGGUAUUGUAUAUGUUCUACUGUCAAAGAUGAUUAGCCGAAGUUUGGGAUGUGGUGGACUGUCAAAGACACUUAACCUCAUCUUUCCGUAA